GCUCCAGAGAGCGACCGUCUCCAUUUUGUGAGAGCAGCCGAGCUUCGUCACCGUGCCGAGACCCCCGCGAGCGACUAACACUUCCCAACCAUCCAACGAGCCACUUGCUGACGAAGUUAUUAUCCGAGAGGAAAGCCAAUCUUGUCGUAUGUCCGCUAUCCAGAACCUCAACACUUUUGACCCCUUUGCUGAUGCAACUAAGGGUGAUGACCGCCUCCCAGCCGGGACUGAGGACUACAUCCACAUAAGAAUCCAACAGCGGAACGGGAGGAAGACCCUCACCACUGUCCAGGGCAUUGCUGCCGACUAUGAUAAACGUAGGCUGCUCAAAGCCUUGAAGAAGAAGUUUGCCUGCAAUGGUACAGUGAUUGAGCACCCAGAGUAUGGUGAAGUGAUUCAGCUUCAAGGUGACCAGAGAAGGAAUAUCUGCCAGUUCCUGACUGAGAUUGACAUGGUCAAGGAGGAGCAGCUGAAAGUCCACGGCUUCUAGAAGCUGCAGCCAGCCUCCCCCACCUCUCCUGGACAGCCAUUGAAAAGACGCCCCCUUCCCCCUCCCAUGUGCUGCUGUUGCUCUUCCUCUCCCCGACCCCCUCCGAAGCUCCUGAUUGCAAACACGUGAAUUACCUCCAACAAACAUGGGACUCUCUAACACCGCCUCCCUACACCACCAGGGGGCAGGCUUGCUCCAGCCAAUACACGCCACUCCACACAACAUCAGGGAUGAGUGGUGACCCCUUAGACCUCUCCCGCCGUUCCCUCUGUUUAUUACCUUUUUAAAUUUUCUUUUUAGGUCUUGUGCCGCAACGAGGAGGAACCGUUUCGUGUAACUUUUUUGUUUUGUACUUCAAAGUGUUUCAAUAAAACGAUGAGUCUCCAUA